CUGUUCCUGGAGACGUGUUGCAGUUCACUCAUUUGUACCUGCUCAGUGGCGAAUUUGCAGUCAAGAUAUGGUUUCCAUCAUCACUGAAAACGUUACACAGCUUUACAACAUCAUGGCCAUGCAGGAGCUCACAGUCAGUCCGGCAAAUUUCCACAAUAAUUCAGCAGUGCAUCAGCUGAAUCAAUAUGGAUGUAUUAAUUCAGAUGUAGGGAAAUGGCUACAGGAUUUUCAGCCUGGAUUCCUCUGGUUUAUAUUUAUUCUGGGAGCAAUAGAAAAUUCCUUUGUCCUCAUAGUCCUGUGUUUCCACAAGAGUCGCUGCACAGUGGCUGAAAUUUACCUAGCAAACAUGGCCCUCGCUGACCUAAUGUUAGUCUGUGUUUUACCUUUCUGGGCCAUUAAUAUUUCUAACAAGUUUCAAUGGCCCUUCGGCCUGUUCCUCUGUAAAGCUGUCAACAUAAUGAGUACAAUGAACUUUUAUUCUAGCAUUUAUUUCCUGACACUAGUGAGCAUUGACCGCUAUCUGGCCUUGGUGAAAACCAUGUCUCUUGGACGGAUGCGAAGAACUGUCUGUGCCAAAUGGAAUAGCUUUGUAGUCUGGACAUGUGCCUUGCUCAUAUGUUCACCUACAAUGGUGUUCCGAAAUUUACAGUAUUACAAAGAAUACAACAUCACAGCCUGCGCUCUUGUUUAUCCAGCCAGCUACUGGGAGCCUGUAAACAACUGCUUGCUGAAUAUUGUGGGCUUUGUGUUCCCACUCUGUGUAAUUACCUAUUGCACUGUGCAAAUCAUCAAAGCCUUACGAAGUAGUGAGCUACAAAAACUGAAGUUAGUCCAGACAGAGAGGAAAGCCACUGUGCUGGUCCUUUCUGUGCUCUUGCUCUUCAUCAUUUGCUGGCUUCCAUUCCAGAUCAGCACGUUCAUCGACACAGUCCGUUACUUUGCACCCACUUUCAAAUGCCUGGAAGAAAUCAAUGAUACAGUGACCCAGCUAGCUACGUACUGUGCCUUUAGCAACAGCUGCCUGAACCCAAUCCUGUAUGUAAUUGUUGGGAAGCACUUCCAGAAGAAGGCUGUGGAAUUCUACAAGGAUUUGUUCCCAAAGGGGUGCAGAAAAUCACAGUCUGUGCAGAUGGAAAACUCCCUGGACACUUUAAGAACUUCCAUUUCAAGUGAAUACUCAAGGAAAAAGUCUGUUUUCCCAUUACCAUGACAGCACAAUUUUUUCAUUACAGGAAAAAAGCCUUCUAACAUAUCAAUCUCCACUAAUAUCCAUCUGCUACUAGUCCACAGAAUAAACAUGUAGUAGUAGUCAUCAUUUGUGGGAAAUCUGUGGGAAACCAACCGUUUGAUCUUAAUGGAAACUCCGUACUCUAAUGUUAUUGGACAUUUUUCAUGACUGAAUCCUACUUUGUAGCAUACUUACAUUUUCAUGGCUGAAUAAUAUUUGAUGCAUGUAUCAUUUGAAGUGUUUGCAUUUCUAAGGUGUACAUACAUGUACAUACAGUUCUCUGAAGAGAGCCCCAGUAUAGAAGCUAUUGUCAGGAUUGUAUAACUACUUAUGGUACCCAUACAGUUUGUCAGACUAGAUUUUUGAUAGGAGGGGCUUGUAUUUGAGUAAGUUCUGGUAAAUGAAUCCUGUAGGACUAUUAUUCAAAUGGGAUUUUUAUGCGUGGCCACCUACUGGGCUUCUACUUUCUCUACUCAGUCAUCCAAAACCAUUUUGACUGAUUGAUUGACAAGCUGUGCCUUUUUGCAACUGCUCUGCCCCUCCUAGUUACAGGUUUACAUCAGCUGGUAUGUAUGGAAAGUAGCUCAAAAAAGGUGAAGCAGUAGCGGAAGGAAGGAUGCAGCCAGCUGCAUGAAGUUAGCUGAGUUUUCUUUGUAGCAGGGAUUCUUUAUCCCUUCUGCAUUG